AUGAAGAAAGACGACCUUGAUCUUUAUGGAGAGGAAGAGUUGCGUCAUCAUAAUUCAGAGUACCAGAGUGGACAAGAUCAUCGCAUGAUCAUGGAUAGCCAACAAGAACAGGUCCAGACGGUCACCUCAAAGGUUGAGCCUGCCACGGGCGACAAACGACCCCGAGAAGACGACGGUUCUGAACAAAAGACCAACGGUACUCCUCCCUCUCAGAACGCCAACCAGUUGAAUCAGAUGAAUGGGAUGUACGCCGCCCAAGCCAUUGGGCAAGGCGUUGUUGGCGGUCCUGGAUAUGACUCUUUGUAUAUUGGCGACUUGCAAUGGUGGACUACUGACGAAGAUCUGCGACAAGUCGCUUUGAGCGUCGGUCUUACUAUCGACCACAAGGACAUCACUUUCUCUGAGCACAAAGUGAAUGGAAAGAGCAAAGGCAUUGCAUAUAUUGAAUGUCAUGAUCUUCAAGGAGCUGCAAACUUGAAAGAAUGGUUUGACAAUAAUGAUUUCCAAAGUCGGAGGGCAACAGCAACUUUGACAAACUCAUCUCAGGGAAAUCCCUUCCGUACACUACCGAAGGAACCUCCCCCGAGAAACUCUCCGGCGGUCAAUCAGCCAUCAACCAUUCCGGCCGUUGCAGGGCGCAACGGAGGGAACUUCCGUGGCGGACAAAACAUCAACCAAGUUAGCCGGGGUGGAGGCAUGAUGGGUGGGAUGCCUGUCAUGGGUGGUAUGGGAAUGGGUGCGAUGGGAAUGGGCGCAAUGGGAAUGGGCAAUCUAGGCAUGGGCAUGAUGGGAGGCGGCAACUUUAUGGGUGGUGGCGGACGUGGAAGUGGCUUCGUCGGGGGACGUGGGGGUAUGGUCCCUCAGGGACCACGGGGAGGCGGCGGCAUGAUGGGUGGCGGCCGCGGAGGCAUGAUGGGUGGUAUGGGUGGAGGCAUGAUGCCAAAUGUCGGUGUGAUGGGCGCUGCAAGAGGUGGAUUUGGUAUGCAAGGCCACUUCAACCCCGCGUUCAUGCAAAAUGCGCAAGGGGCCGGUGGGGGUGCUGGCCAGCUCAACGCUCCUGAUGGACCCAGAAAACGGUAUAGGACUGAAGAAACUUUCGAUUGA